CGCGACGCAGUCUCGCCGCCAGCAGCAGUCGCAGGUUGGGUCUCUCGCAGGUCGCAGUGCGCGCUCACGACGUCGACGCACGGCCAGCCCGCACACCAAACACACGGGGUCGCGUCGCUCAUUCCGCAGGAGGGCAGACACUCCGCCGCACAAAAGCACAACGCACACCCGCCCGCAAAACCCGUCGCCCCGGUCCGAGCAGCAGCGAAGAACGCCCGCAUCGUCUCUUGCAUCAACCGCUUCUCCGGUUGCCGCAGCAGCAGCAGCACACAGCAGACCAGUGCGUGCGCGUGUGCGUGACUCGUGUUGUGUCUCCGACUUCUCUUGUCCACCAGUGGAUAGGAAGUGGCCCUUCGAUUUCGGUGGGCUCGGUUUUCGUACGCGAACAGGCGCCUGCAGCGAGUACUUAUAACCCAAACAGAAAAUCCUGCUAUAUGGGACUUAAUUAUUGGGACGUUUUUCUCUGUGCGCGCACAUUAUUAGUGGUGCUCUUGGUGCAAUAAAUUUUUGCAGCUGCAGCAGGACAGGAGAUUUUUUUCAGUGUCGACUGCGGCGAUGAGAAGGCAUCGCCUUUCGAGAGCGAAGACUCACAGAUUAGAACAAUGGUAGACAUAACUCUAAGACGAAGAACAAGAUGGACGUUUCCGGGCUGGAUAGUCCUGCUGGGUACACUAACGAUGGAUUAUUUGGAGGUGUGUGCCGGUGAAGAUUUGGCAGUGAGCGCACCGUACAAUUACCCAGCGAUCAUGUCGGAGGAACCGGGCGCCGAAACGAUCACAGCGGCUAAUAUAAAUGUCACGUGGGAGGAGGACGGUGUGUGGAAGACGAACAAAAGCGUGACGGGCCGUUACGGGAGCGGCUACAUAGGCUCGGCGUCCGGCCUCCUCGUGCACGUAUCUGGCCCGCAUCGCGUCGACGAUCAUUCCGGUUGCACGCUGCCCUUCAGGAAUUUCGGCCGGCCCGAUGGCGCGCUGCCCAGGGAGCCAUGGAUUGCACUGGUGCGGAGGGGCGGCUGCAACUUCGAGGACAAGGUUGCCAACGCGCAUCACAGUCGCGCCGUCGGCGUGAUCGUUUACAAUGAUCGCGAUGCCAAAGGUUUGGAUAAGAUGAAACUCUCCACGGGCAAUGGACGUAAUAUAAGCGGAGUUUUCACCUAUAAGUCGAUGGGUGAAGAAAUGGCAAAACUUAUCGAUAACAACUCGAAAGUUCUGGUCCACAUCACGAUUGCCAGUCACACGUUAACCCGGACGACUAUCAACAAGACGUCGGUGCUCUUCGUGUCAAUUACGUUCAUCGUGCUGAUGAUAAUUUCCAUCGCGUGGCUCGUCUUCUACUACGUCCAGCGCUUCAGAUACAUUCACGCCAAGGACAGGCUGGAGAAACGGCUGUUUAACGCGGCGAAAAAGGCAUUGUCGAAGAUUCCCACGAAAAACAUCAAAGCUGGUGAUAAGGAAUUGCAGGGAGAUGGGGAGUGUUGUGCAAUCUGCAUCGAGCCCUAUCGCGUCCCGGAAGUCCUACGGAUGUUACCCUGCAGCCACGAAUUCCACAAGAACUGCAUCGAUCCGUGGCUGCUGGAGCAUCGCACGUGCCCGAUGUGCAAGAUGGACAUCCUGAAGCACUACGGGUUCGCAGUGAGUCCGAACUUGACCGGCAGUCAGGAGAGUAUAUUGCACUUGGACGCGGAGGAGGCGGUGGCGCUGGACGGCGGCGCCGAGCACGACCACGACGGCGCUGGUGGCGGCGGCGGGCCGGCGCGACGCAACGCCGGCGGCGGCGGUAUCAGUCCGCUGCCGCAGAUACGCGCCGGCAUCGACGAUAAUCAGAGAUUCGAUUCGGAUCAACAUAGUAGCCGAUCAUCGAGCCCUAAUGAAAUGACACCAUCCCUACCAAAUCAACGGAUGCUCCCCGUGCGGCAGGACCUGUGCGUGACGUGCAUCGCCGCAGCAACGAAGGUAAAAGUGAAGCGCGACGUGACCCACCCGCCGCACACAACAACCACCACCACCACCGCCGCCGCCGUUAAUGACGCCAUCUCAACGGGAGCGGCGGCGGCCACGACGACGUCAACAGUGUGUCACAUCGACUACGAUGAAGAUGACGACUCCGAACCCACCCCAGGCGUGGUGCAUCGUGCAACGCAAUGAACUCUCGCCCGCAUCACCGCCGUGUGAUGGCGCAUCCAUGAAAUGCUCGACAGUUUCAGAGUGUGCGAAGGUACUCUACUUAACAAAAAAAUCUCACACACCCACGCGAACGCGCAGAACAUUCCUUAUUGCAUUUUCGUUUCUCUCGACUGCCACGCGCCCCUACAACUAACACUAGAUAAAAGAAAAGGUACUAGUUUGUAAAAGUGCCUAGUCUAAAUGAGGUUAAGCUAUGAGGAAGAAUAGAUAUUCUCAUUUACGCAUCGCGUUGCGCUGAGGGCGUUUGCAGAAACGAUUAAUUUAUAAAAUCGACGCAGCUGCGCGCGCACGAUGCAACCAAGUUCGACGUAACUUACAUAAGAAUGCGCAUAUUUAUUUUUGUGAUAUUACCGAUACUGAUCUAAUGUUAAGUAACGCUAAGUGAUAACAUGAAAUAUGUGAGAAUACGUGACGACUAGUUUUAAGGCAAACACACACACACACCCACACACACAACUAACGCGGUAUUUUUAUCAUCACAUUGUACUCUAUCGACUCUAUCAACUAUCGUAUUCGACUGUUUCGUGCCGUACGCAAAGUGCAUAAUUAUCGUAGUGAUAAACGUGCUCUGUGCUCGCGCUCGAAGCGGUGAUUUAUUUUCGCGUCGGUUUUAUAUUUAUGACUUAAUCUUUGUAUGAUUUUUAUUGUUGUUUUUUUUUUCAUUUACAAGAGUUGCGGCGACAUCGCACAAAAAAUAUGACGACUGAUUGCAGAAGGCAGCUUUUAUUGAACGCAAUUGUUCAUUAUUACGAUUAUCAGCCCGGUAAAACACAAUUAAUCGCGUGUUACAUGAUAUUAUCCGAUUUUUUAUGUCUCGAUCGAAAUAAAUGUUGAAAUUAUGAAUUUAAAUUUAUUCGCGGUGCGAUGAAGCUGAUAAUUCUCGAUAAUCAAAUGGUGCUUAACGACAGCUAGUUUUUAUUGUAAUUUGUGUUCUCGAAAUUAUCUCUCAACACUCAAAUAUUAUAUUUCUACGGCCAACAAAAACACUGUAAAAUAUUGUAUAAUAUCCCAAUGAUUUCCGAAUGAAUUCUCUAUAUUUUGGUCGAGAAUCUAACAAAAAAAAAGCUCUAAAAUGAAAAGAAAUUAAAUAAAGAGAUACUUAAUGCAUCUUAAUAGAUUUAAACACUAACUAACGAUGAUAUUAUUCAAAUGAGAAACGUGUGACACGUUGUAUUUUUAAUGAUAACGAUAAAUCAAGUUGCGAUAAUGUUUAAAACUUCACGAAACUUGUAGGUAGCUAUAAAAACGAAAUUCGAACGGAAUAAAAUGAUAAAAGAGAUGAUUGACUAAGAAUGUGUCGGGAGUUUUGUCGAAUUGUUAAUUUAAUUGACAGACGAACGACAAACAGCCAUAUUAUACAUAGUGAAUAAAUAAUUUGAAUACAA